CCCCAAAAUAGGGCUAAGACUGGUCUCCGGAGCCCCUGAGUGGACAGGGAAGGGUUAGGGACAUGAACUUCUGGGUCUUUCCCCACCUAGAGUAGCUCCUCCUUAAAUACCAAAAUGAUGUGGCCCCACCUUCAGGAAACCCACAACAGUAAAAGAUACAGAGAGAGAUGGACAGACCGACAGACGGAGAGAUGGAUGGCCCUGCGGUGGAAGGAGGAACGACCAGCCAGCCAGAUGGGCCGAAGGAACCACCGAGACCCCCGUCUCCCCAGUUUCCCCCCACGGGCUCCCUCGCCCCCGCCGCCUCUGUCUCCUGGCUCUAUCCUCGGAGCUCCCCCUUCGCCAGGGCCAUCGGAACAAGGCGCCCGGCAGCUGCUGUUGGACGAGUGGGGGCCAUCCGGAGCGGAACUGAACCUGCCGGAGGGCCUCAGCUGGAAACUUCUCUACGUGCGGAGGCCGCUCUACCGCAACCUGCUGCGGUCACCGAACCCCGAGGGCAUCAACAUCUAUCAACCGCCACCCCCUUGUGGCCCGGCCCGGCCCCUGGAGACUCUGGGUAACUUCAGUGGAUGGCAAAUCAGCACUGAGAAACUGCUCCCCAACUUCAGCUGGACGGUGAAGCAACAGUGUGUGGACCUUCUGGCUGAAGGCCUAUGGGAAGAACUGCUGGAUGACGAGCAGCCGGCCAUCACCAUCAUGGACUGGUUUGAGGACAGCCGCCUGGACGUGUGUGUGUAUGAGCUCCAUGUCUGGCUCCUGGCCGCUGACAGACGGACCGUACUCCGGCAGUACCAUGCUGCUCCUCGACCCUCUCCACGGGAGCCAGGUGGACAGUGGUGCCAGGUGUCUCACGUAUUCAAACACUAUGGCCCAGGAGUCCGAUUCAUUCACUUCUUGCACAAAGCAAAGAACCGUCUGGGCUCAGAUGGGUUCCGGAGAACUCGGGUAACUGACUCCUCAGUGUCCCUACAGCUAUGGAAUUAACCUGUCUUCUCCCCCUCUGCCACAUCUUUGCCCUAGUGACCCCAUCCCUCAUUCAUAUAUACAAGGAACCUUCUGGUGACCUCCCCUCACUUUCCCUGAAGGAUCUCUUUUUGUUUUAGUCAGGACAUGUGAUAUAGUCAGAGUAGGGAACUCUCCUUAUGGACACUCCCUCUGCCAAUGUUACCAGACAUCUUGUGUGUAAUAUAUUGUCUGGGAGUUGCCUGAGACACUGAAAGGUUGACUUACCUGGGGUCACACAGCCAAUAUGUGUCAGUUAGAACUUGACU